AUGCAAAAGAGAUUGUUUGGUUUGACAUUAAAAGAACUCAGAAAGCUAGCCUAUCAAUUAGCGGUUAGGAAUGGUUGUGAGCAUCCAUUUAACAAAGAUACAGAAAUGGCGGGAGAAGACUGGGCCCACUCAUUUAUGAGGUGUCAUUCAGAGUUAAGUUUGAGGAAGCCUGAGGCCACUUCUGGAUCACGUGCCAUGGGAUUUAACCGAGUAGCAGUCGCGCAGUUCUUUACAUUAUUAAAUAAAGUUAUUAUUGAGAAAAAAAUUACCUGUGAAAGAAUUUAUAAUUGCGAUGAGACUGGCAUUACAGUGAUUCCAAAGCAGCAUUCAAGGGUUAUUGCAAAUAGAGGACAACAUCAGGUAGGCGUAUUGACUUCUGCUGAGCGUGGCAAUACAGUAACGGCAGAAAUUUGUUGCUCUGCUGCGGGAAAUUUCAUGCCCCCCCUGUUGAUUUUCCCGCGACAAAAGAAGAGACAAUAA